CUAUACAAAGUAUGGUAAGGACUGUAGCUAGAAGCACUUUUAUACCGACGCUUUGCUAUGGCGAACCUCAAGUCGCUGUUUGUGCCACCACUUUUCCUUCUAUUGUCUUCGCUUCAAGCGUUUGCGAUUGAUGUUGGGGAAUUUGGCGUGGAGAUCGGAGACUUUAGAGGCCCAACCGUUGCUGGCAAGGUUUAUGCAGUGGACGAAAACACCCUGUACGUCAAGGGAUUCAAAUUUAACGUAAGAGAUGCGGACGCCUUCUUCUGGGCCGGUAAAGAGAACGUUCCUUCAGCCAGCGGAGAAAUCGUGCAAUACCCAGCAGAAUCGAAAACUCCAGACCUGCAGAAACUUCCUGUGUUGAACGAUGAUAGUUUUAUACUUAAACUUCCUCAUGGCUUGACAAUUACGAGCUUGAAAUCUCUGGCCGUUUGGGACAAACAAAAAUCAGAAAGUCUCGGUAGCGUCGUCAUUCCUGAGAGCCUUGUCGUACCCGAGCCCAGGGUGCUGCCCGAAUUCAGUAGACUCGCUCACGACCUUCGUUCGGGCAACGUCACCAUUCUGGACGCCAAGACAUUCCUCAUUCCCGACUUGCACUACGAUGGAAAAGGACCCGACGCCUACUUUCUGGUCGGCAACGGGAGUGAGCCUAACGGCAAUGGCGUCAAAGUCCCCAACGAGCAUGGAGAUUUGAAUGUGUUGCGCAAAUACAAUGGCGAGACCAUAGUUAUCCAACUGCCUAAACCCCUGACAGUCUACAAUAUCGAGUGGCUGGUCAUGUGGUGCAUCAAGUACAAGCACAAUUUCGGAUACGUGAGAAUCCCCAAGGAUCUGAAUGUACCACCAGCGUUAGGACAAAAUAAAAUAGGGGUUCAGGAGCGCAAAGGAAAUGGCGCUGCCAUUCAGCAAUCGACGAUUCCAAAAAAAGUGGAGGUUCAGGUUCAGGAGCGCAAAGGAAAUGGCGCUGCCAUUCAGCAAUCGACCUUCGCCACUGUGAUUGUGUGCCUUGUGGCGGUUCUUUUCAGCAUGCCAUGACUCUGAAAAUGCUAACUUUAACACCAUCGUCGCUUGUAAAUUUUCUAUGACACAAACUCUUCGCAUUCUCAACAUAAUUAUUUGUCAAACGCAAUUUUCUUACUUCUAUUAUAUGCACUAGUGAAGAGUGAAUUUCAUGCUUAUUUAUGGCUAUAUUAUACCUGUGUGUGUAGCAAAUAAAUAUCAAUCACAACUAGAAUAAAGUAUUCAACAAUC